UCCACCCAACAGCAAAGGAACUUUAAACCGACUGGUUUCACACGGGAUAAAGCAGCUCUAUAAACCAUCAUGGAUGAGGAUUAUAUUGUUUAUGAUGAAUACACCGCAGGCAACGACACCAACGCCAACGAAAGCAACCUAAGCAAGGAGGGACUCACAAAUUUCCAUAGUCCUCAGUCUACUUGGACUCAUGCUCUGGUGGCAGUCAAUAUCAUCAUAUGUGUUUUGGGGCUUGCGGGAAAUUCCUUAGUGAUUUGGAUUUGUGGCUGGAAAAUGAAAACUACAGUCAUCACCACCUGGUACAUCAGCCUGGCCAUUUCAAACUUUUUGUUCUGUGCCUUUUUGCCUUUUGAAGUCGUCUACAUGAUAACUUCACACUGGCCCUUUGGAGAGGUCUUGUGCAAGCUCGCCUCCUCCACCCUGUUUCUCAACAUGCACAGCAGUGUGUUUUUGUUGGUUCUAAUCACUGCUGACCGCUGUAUCAUGGUCUUAUUUCCUGUGUGGUCGCAUAACCACCGAAAAGUGGGCAAAGCAUUUGGAGCCGUCAUCCUCAUGUGGCUACUCUCUGCACUCCUAACAGCACCCUCACUUAUUUACAGGAAAACCACAGUCCACGGCUCGGUGAUUCAGUGCCAUACAGAACGGCUACCGGCAGUAGCAUUGGCUAGAUUCAUUUGUGGGUUCCUGAUUCCUUUCCUAAUGAUUGUCUUCUGUUGCUUGGUGCUUGGCAUAAAACUGAGAAAUUUGACCCUCAAGUCAACAAAGCCUUAUAAAAUCAUGGCUGCUCUCAUUUUGUCUUUCUUUGUCUUCUGGGUCCCCUACCAUACCUUUGUUCUUCUGGAGUUGGAUUUCCAGAACUACAAUCUGAAAGCAAUUCAAACUGGACUGAAGGUUGGGGUCACCUUGGCCGCUGCAAACAGCAUCAUAUCUCCAGUUCUCUAUGUGUUCAUUGGUAAUGACUUUAAGAAAACCCUAAGGCGGUCUCUGUCAUCAAGGAUCGAGGAGGCACUGGCAGAGGAUAUUCGUACAGGCGGGCUCAAUCACUCAAGGUUCAAAUCAAUGGAAACUGUCCCAAAUUAAGUUGAAGUAUUUAUUAAGGAGUACAUCACAGUGCAUGAACAUGAUUACUGAUCUCACUGACACUGGUGAAAUUACAUGCUGCAGAAUGUUUAAAUGGGUUAUUUUCAGUUGUACUGAUUUUUAUUUUAUGAUGAAAAAUUUAAUUGGUUUUUACACAAUAUCACAUUUAAUGACAAAUUAUCAGAUCGUUGAGACAACCAGCCAUAUUGGUCAAUGCUUUUAAUUCUUAUGUCAUUGAUUUUAAACAAAGCAGACCUUUACUGAGAGGUUAUCUGUGUCUCUGCAUGUGUGAAUGGCUGUCUUGUGUUUCUGAUUAUUUUUGUGUUUGUUUUGAAAUGCAUCUUGUGGGGAUAAAUUACAUUUCUUGGAUGUAAAUAAAUGUUUUAUUUACAAAAUAUUGUAUGUAUUGUUAGCCCUGCGGUAGACUGCCAAACUGUCCUGGGUGUAACCCGCCUGCCGCCCUAUGACAGCUGUGAUAGUCUCCAGCCCCACCGCGACCCUGAAAUGGAUAAGAAGAAAAUGGAUGGAUGGAUGGAUGGAUGGAUGGAUGGGUGGGUGGAUGUACUGCGUUAAGCAAACAGUUGCAUAUAAAUACCAUCAAAAACAACGGACACACUAGUAAAUGUAAUAAAAUGUUGAAAAAAUAUUAUACAUGCUCACAUUUCCUGCAGGAAACCAAACAAACUGUUAUUUUAUUGUCACUUUCUUCUGUAAAAGUUCUCACAUUUCAAAGCACAGUCAAGCAGUACUGCUCUGUAUUACUGUAUUGCUUCUAUUUGCACUUUUAAUAAAUAAAUAUGAAGUCCACUGGUAUUUAUAUUCUUAGGAAAAUGGAAUGUGAAAUUACAGAUGCUUUUUUUAAGGUAAUUUUUUGUUUUUUCAUUUUGUAUGUGUUAUUUUACUUUUUAUUUGAGUUUAUUAUGAUUUUAUUUUAUUUAUUAUUUAUUGAAAAGUAGUGGAAACGUUUACAAGCCAAAAUCAGCUUUCU